AUGGUCUCUCUAUCAGAUGUCCAGUCCUCAAAUGCCCAAAUCGCCAAUACACUCCCAGCAGGCCUCGUGGCAGUCUUCGUAGGCGCAACAAGCGGCAUCGGCGAAGCAGCCCUAAAAGAGUUCGCGCGCUCAGCCCGAUCUCCCCGCGCAUACUUCAUCGGCCGCUCACAAGAAGCCGCAGCCCGCAUCACAGCCGAAUGCCGACAGCUGAACCCAGAAGGAGAAUUCACCUUCAUCAAAGCGGACGUCAGUCUAAUUCAAAAUGUCGACGCGGUCUGUCGCGAGCUUCAUAGUAAGGAAAAGAGUAUCAACAUCCUCUUCCUUAGCUGUGGAACAAUUCGUUCCGGGGAAGAUACAUCCGAAGGCCUCCAUAUCAUGACUGCAACUGGGUACUACGCACGAACACGAUUCAUCAUCAACCUCCUCCCCAAUCUCAAACAAGCAAGGGGUCUACGGCGCGUCGUCAGCGUCCUAGCCGGUGGUCAUGAAGGUCCCAUUGACACAACCGACUUCCAAGGGAAGACGAUGUCCAUGCUAAAGAUACGUGGACACCUUGUGUCCAUGACUGAUAUGGCUCUGGAAACAUUGGCUGAGCAAGCGCCAGAAGUGACGUUUAUUAACGAUUACCCCGGCGCAGUGAAGACGGGGAUUGGACGCGAGUCGAAUACGCUUCUGACCUGGCUUAUGACUAUUGUGCUUAUGGUUAUUGGGCCUUUAGUCUAUAUCCCGAUUCGGGAGUCCGGGGAGAGACAUCUUUUCUUCGCGACGAGUGCUAAGUAUCCUCCCCGUCUCCGCUUGGAUGCUGCGGUAGAAGAUUCCUCGGGUGUGCCUUUGUCGGAGGGGGUUGAGGUUGCUAGUGGGACGGAUGGGAAGGCUGGGAGUGGGGUUUACAGUAUUCACUGGAGUGGAGAGCAUGCUGGGCCUAAGGUUGUGAGGUUGUUGGCUGGACUGCGUGAGCAGGGGAUGGGGCAGAAGGUUUGGCAGCAUACGGUUGGUGAGUAUGAUAGAAUUGUAGGGUCGGCGGAUGUCUGA